AUGAAGAGCUGCUGGACAGUUCCAGCUUUCUUCUUUGUAUGCAGUUUCCUGGGACCAUGGGCAUCUGCAGCUGUCAAGCGUCGGCCAAGAUUCCCUGUCAAUUCAAAUUCUAAUGGUGGAGGUGAACUGUGUCCAAAGAUCAGGAAUGGCCAAGAUGACUUACCUGGGUUUGACCUGAUUUCUCAGUUCCAAAUAGAUAAAGCAGCAUCUCAAAGAACUAUCCAGAGAGUAGAGGGAUCAACUACAUUACAAGUUGCUUACAAGUUGGGAAAUAAUGUAGAUUUCAGGAUUCCAACCAGGCAUUUAUAUCCCAGUGGACUGCCUGAAGAAUACUCGUUUCUAACUACUUUCCGGAUGACUGGAAGCACACUUGAAAAGAACUGGAACAUUUGGCAGAUUCAAGAUUCCUCGGGGAAGGAGCAAGUUGGUGUGAAGAUUAAUGGCCAAACAAAAUCUGUUGCAUUUUCUUAUAAGGGACUUGAUGGAAGCCUCCAAACAGCAGCUUUUUCAAAAUUGCCCUCCUUGUUCGAUUCCCAGUGGCACAAAGUCAUGAUUGGUGUGGAAAGCAGUAGUGCUACUCUCUUUGUUGACUGCAUCAAGAUUGAAUCUUUACCUAUUAAACCGAGGAGCCAAAUCAAUGUCGAUGGCUUUGCUGUGCUGGGAAAACUUGCAGAUAAUCCCCAAGUUUCUGUUCCAUUUGAACUUCAGUGGAUGCUGAUUCAUUGCGAUCCCCUGCGGCCUGGGAGGGAAACGUGCCAUGAACUGCCAGUAGUAACGCCUAGCCAGACCACUAAGAAGAGAGGUCCUCCUGGCCAGCCGGGGCCACCCGGGCCUCCAGGACCCCCUGGAGUUCCAGGCAUUGAUGGCAUUGAUGGUGACCGAGGUCCAAAGGGUCCCCCAGGUCCUCCGGGUCCUGUAGGAGAACCGGGGAAACCAGGAGCUCCAGGCAAGCCUGGCACACCAGGAGCUGAUGGAUUAACAGGACCUGAUGGAUCUCCUGGCUCUGUUGGACCAAGGGGACAAAAAGGAGAACCUGGUGUGCCGGGAUCUCGUGGAUUUCCAGGCCGUGGUAUUCCUGGACCCCCGGGUCCUCCUGGGACAGCAGGACUCCCUGGAGAACUCGGCCGAGUAGGACCUGUUGGUGAUCCUGGGAGAAGAGGACCACCUGGCCCCCCUGGACCUCCAGGACCCAGUGGAACAAUUGGCUUUCAUGAUGGAGAUCCUCUGUGUCCCAAUUCCUGCCCACCAGGUCGCUCUGGAUAUCCAGGCCUACCAGGCAUGAGGGGUCAUAAAGGGGCUAAAGGAGAAAUUGGUGAACCAGGAAGACAAGGACAUAAGGGUGAAGAAGGUGACCAGGGAGAGCUGGGGGAAGUUGGAGCUCAAGGACCUCCAGGAGCUCAAGGUUUGAGGGGCAUCACCGGUGUUGUUGGGGACAAAGGUGAAAAAGGUGCUCGUGGCUUGGAUGGAGAACCUGGGCCUCGGGGUCUUCCUGGUGCACCUGGUGACCAAGGACAGCGAGGGCCUCCUGGAGAAGCAGGUCCCAAGGGAGACAAAGGACCUCAAGGUUCUAGAGGAAUUCCUGGUCCCCCUGGACCCAAAGGAGACACGGGCUUGCCAGGCAUGGAUGGCCGUGAUGGAAUACCUGGAAUGCCUGGAACAAAGGGUGAACCAGGGAAACCUGGACCUCCUGGUGAUGCUGGUCUGCAGGGGCUACCAGGUGUACCUGGACUUCCUGGGGCAAAGGGUGUUGCUGGAGAAAAGGGUAACACAGGUGCACCAGGAAAGCCUGGCCAACUGGGAAACUCGGGAAAACCAGGCCCACAAGGACCCCCAGGAGAGGUGGGACCGCGAGGACCCAGGGGCCUUCCUGGCAGUAGAGGAGAAGUAGGACCAGCUGGAGCCCCAGGUCUACCAGGUAAAUUGGGUUCUGUUGGGAGCCCUGGCCUCCCUGGCCUGCCUGGACCUCCUGGACUUCCUGGCAUGAAAGGUGACAGGGGUGUAGUUGGAGAAACUGGCCCAAAGGGUGAACAGGGGGCCUCUGGUGAAGAAGGUGAAGCAGGAGAGAGGGGUGAAUUGGGAGACAUAGGAUCGCCUGGCCCAAAGGGAUCUGUGGGGAAUCCUGGAGAGCCUGGUUUGAGAGGGCCCGAAGGUAGCCGGGGGCUUCCUGGAAUUGAAGGCCCCAGAGGACCGCCUGGCCCCCGAGGUGUACAGGGAGAACAGGGUGCCACUGGCCUGCCCGGCAUCCAGGGCCCUCCGGGUAGAGCACCGACAGACCAGCACAUUAAGCAGGUUUGCAUGAGAGCCAUACAAGAACAUUUUGCUGAGAUGGCUGCUAGUCUCAAGCGUCCAGAUUCGGGGGCUUCAGGCCUCCCUGGAAGACCUGGUCCCCCUGGCCCCCCUGGUCCUCCUGGAGAGAAUGGUUUCCCUGGCCAGAUGGGAAUUCGUGGCCUCCCUGGCCUGAAAGGCCCACCUGGUGCUCUUGGUUUGAGAGGACCUAAAGGUGACUUGGGAGAAAAGGGAGAGCGUGGCCUUCCAGGAAGAGGUCCCAAGGGUUUGCCUGGAGCAACAGGUCUCCCAGGUGACCCAGGCCCUGCCAGUUAUGGGAGAAAUGGCCGGGAUGGGGAGCGAGGCCCCCCUGGAGUGGCAGGAAUUCCUGGUGUACCUGGUCCUCCUGGCCCACCUGGCCUUCCUGGUUUCUGCGAGCCGGCCUCUUGCACCUUGCAGGCUGGUCAGCGAGCAUUUAGCAAAGGGCCUGAUCAGUGAGAGGCUUAAUAUUACAAGGCUGGCUGCA